UGGACAAAGACACAGCUGUCAAAGGAAAACAAUAUUCAAGGUAGUUAAUAAUUACAGGGCAUGAAAUUGCGCCCGAUGCAGGCACCAAUGCGACUAAAUUUUUCCACUUUGACCACUAAAUCCUGAAAAUUAGUCGCCAAAUUGGCGACUAGAAUGUUUCAUCAUAACUUUACCAAGAGAUAUAGUGAAUUAAAAAGAUUUGCAAUGAUAAAUCCGUGACAAACUUCCUCGUUAAGUUUGUUUCCAAAACGCAGCACAUGCAUCUCAAUCAAUAACUAGACGCCAUCUUGGAUUAAGGUGAGCUUGAACGUUGUAUACCAUCCAUCUUAUUGUCCACUUGUAGCACAUUAAAGAUCUUUUCCCUAACUUAAUUUUGGAGGGUCUAUCUAGAACACUGACAGCGUAAAAAAAGGUCUUGUUUGUCUUUGAAAGUGGUGACCAACUUUUUUUGAAUUGGCUACCACUUUGAAGAAUUUAGGAGCCAAGUGGCUAUCAGAAAAAAAAAUUAAUUUCACGCCCUGAAUUAUGUUGACCAUUUUCACUCUUUGUCUCUUUGUUUUUGUAAGAUGAGUCUUUUGCUACAUUGUUCCAUAAUUAUAUAUCUCUAUAAACCCUGUCUGUUUUUUGUUAUUUGCUAAUGAAAGCAUUGUGUGCUUUUUUAUAGCCAGUAAACCAGAUGAUGAAGAUUUUGUCCUGUUUGAGGUCCUCAAGCCUCCCAAAGAUGCUUCUUAUGAGGUAUGCAGAAUUUGUGAGUGAUUUAUAGUUUUCUUCUGUUUAGGUUUUCUCUUACUUUAUUAUUAUUAUUAUUAUUUAUUAUUAUUAUUAUUUAUUAUUAUUAUUAUUUAUUAUUAUUAUUAUUAUUAUUAUUAUUAUUAUUAUUUAUUAUUAUUAUUACUUAAAACUGUGCAUAGAUGUUCUUGUAACAUGCUAAGUAGUUUAGGGGAAAAUCAUUAUUAUCAUUAUUUUAUACUAUGCAGAGAUGUUCUUGUAACAUGCCAAGUAGUUUAGGGGAAUGUUAUUAUUAUUAUUAUUAUUAUUAUUACAAUUAUUAUCACUAUUGCUUUUGUUUUAUAUGUCCUUUGAUGACCAGUUUUUGGUGUUUUUUAUUGCCUUAUGUCUGCAAUAAAUUUUAAGGGAAAUUAUUAUAAAUACAUCUAAUGGUUGAUGUUCCCUCUUUGAUUGCUAAAUUUGUUUGUUGGGUAAACAGAAGGAUGAGGUUGUUUUCAUUGUCCCUUGAGUUAAUUCAUAGCAUAUUAUCAUUAACAUACUGAUACUCAAGGUUAGUGGUACUUCAUUAGCAAAGAAGUCCAACUAACCCAGUGAAAGUAGGCCAAAUGUGCAUUUUAAUACCAAUUUGGUAAAGACAGUGUUUCAAGAGCUGAGUGUCAUUAAAGUUUCUUUUCUAAUGGAGACUGAUUUUCUUCACAGAUUCCAACCCUACAGAUUCUCUAUUUGAAAGAAGGAAGGUAUUCCAAGGCCUUAAUGCCAUCACUGAGCAUAAUCUUUUCAAACUAA